AUUUACCAUGAAAUUUGCACGCGCCGUCCUGGCAGCGGUCGUCCUCCUCGUCGCGAUGGCCUUGGCGCAGCAGGACCUCCAUGACACCCAGUGCCCGCUCUGCGCCAUGGAUGUCAUCCCGUCGCUCAACCAGACCUUCAAGGGCAACCAGGCCAUCUACGCCUGCGAGAUGGCCGGUCACCUCGACACGCUGGCCAACCCGGCGAGCAAGGUGCUGAGAGGCGCGGUGCCGAUCACGGCCUUGGAUGCGCCGUAUACUCAUGCGCACAUGGGCUGCCCCGUCUGCGGCUCGACCGACCUCAAGUACGCCAUGACCUGGGGCACUCAGGGCAACCAAAAGCUGUACACGUGCUCCAAGGAGCACGCCGACUUGAUCUUGGCGGAUCAGAAAAGCUACUACGUCGGGACGGGCGCCGAGCCGGUCACGGGCUUUUGCAACCACGCGUCGGUCAUGUUUGACGGCUUCCAGUCAUCGGUUGGAAGUACGUGCGUCAAGCUCUUCUUCCAGCCGUGGGUUCUCGACUCGUCGGUCAAGUACGCCUUUGGCUUUAUCGGGAUUGUGCUCCUUGGCAUCUUUCUCGAGUGGCUCGGCGAGUACCGAGAGGCUCUGGAAGAGAAAUUCAUUCGCAUCUAUGGCGUCUCGACGGAAGCCGUGCUCGCCAACUCGUGCAUCCAGCUCAACACGCCACCAGCGUUCACCAAGUCGGCGGCCUCGAGCCUCAUUGACGCGACGCCGUCGGCGGUCAAGACGACCAAGCUGCCAUUCUGGUGCUCGACGGUCCUCGCCUCUCUCUACAUGCUCGCGCUCUCGAUCGGGUACCUCAUCAUGCUCGUGGCCAUGCUCUACGAGACGGGCCUAUUUGUCGCUGCGAUUCUCGGUCUCGGUGCGGGCUUUUACCUCUUCAAGGACACGGAGCAAGACCAAAUGUCGGGCAACAUCGACCCGUGCUGCUCCACGUAGCUGUCGAGGAUUUUUACUAUUUUAAUCACUUUCGUCGA